AUGAUAAAGGAAAACAAUAAAAGGAUUAUUGAAAGUGAAAAUAUCAUCAAUAAUACUGAAAUUAAGCCAGUUUUAUCAAAUGUAGACAUUGCAUUAACUAUCAUAUCAGUACCAAGAAACAGACAUAAAAUAGAGGAUACCUAUAGACCGAAAUAUUUAUCUCAAGUUGUUGGUAAACUAUUAUCUUUACUAAAAACUCAAAAUACACUCAAAUCAUAUGCAAUAUUUCUAUGCAAUGUGCAUAAUGAUCCAGAUACUUUUGAUGAAAUCAAGCCUCUUGUGAAAAGGUUUACAACAUUUCAAAGAUAUACAACUAAAACGUAUGUUUCAGAUGGUAAAUUUGAGAAGGAAAAACAGGACUAUGUUUACUGUAUGAAUGAAACACUGCACAGAAAUGUUAGUUAUGUAUUUUUAAUAGAAGAUGAUGCUUAUCCACAUGCUGAUCUGUUUUCAGUGUUAGAAGAUGUUAUAACUAAGCGAAUUGAAAAUAAGUUUUCCAAUCCAUGGAUACCAAAAAGGAAUGUAACGUUUAUCAAAUUUUACCACGUUCCAUAUGUUUUGGGUUUUUGUAGUUAUGAAAUAGAACGGGUGCCUGAACUUUUAAGUGUAAGUUUAUUUUUUGGAACAUUACUAUGUAAAGUCUAUCUCUAUUUUGUAAAAAAGAAGCAUUUGAAAGUGAGUUAUUUAUGGAUAUUAUGUAUAUUAUAUGCAAGUCUAGUUGCCAUGUGUAUCAGUAGACAACAUUUAUUAGAAUUACGAAGACUAUCCAAAGAAUUUUACCUAGUUACUCCAACUCCUUCUUGUUGUACACCAGCUAUGCUUUAUACACAGUAUGGUGCAAACCUAGUGAUAAACAAAAUGAGUAAAGCAAGAUGUAAAAAUGGAUAUGGAAAAGACUCAUUAUUAGAUGAUAUUCGUCGUAAAAAUAGGCUUACAGCAUUAAUGGUACAACCUAAUUUAUUUCAACAUAUUGGUAUUUACUCUUCCUUACGUUAUAGUGUCAAUCUAGAUUCUAUUCUAUGA